GCGGGGCACCCUCUCCGCUUUGCCGCCCUGCGACAAUCCGGGCCUGUCUGUCUGGGGGACUGGCUGCUAUCGGUCCCCGCCCCCAGAGGGCGCUCGCCGGCCGUUCGGAGGCUGCGGGUGGAGCAACACCGGCCUGGGCCCCUUCGUUCUGCCGGAGCGUUGCAGGCCGGGCCCUGUUUUUGGCUGUUCUUUGCCUUGGCGCUGCUGUUGCCAUGGUCACGCUCCGGCAGCCCGGCCUGGCUCCCGCGCUCUGGUUCUAGCAGGAGAGAGCCCGUCGCCCCGCCAGCGACAUGAACAGGUGUGAGGUGGGCUGGGGCCCCGGGACUCCCAGGACGACAACCCCCAAGGUCUCUGGAAUGCUGGAAGUGGUUGGACCAGAUGAUGGAUUUAUUCUAGAAGCCUGCUUGACAAUGUCAAGGCAGAACUGUUUAGAAACAACAGAUGCCAUAAAGGACCAAAAGAAUGGACAAAAUGGCAGAUUACAUGUGUUUGGGCCAAAAGAAAAAGUGGUUAUUGAACCAAUUCAAACAAUGCCACGCAUGGAUGUGGACCAGAAUCUACAAACAAAGUUUAUACUCCAACAAAACAAAUCUCAUUAUGUGCAGCUAAAUCAACUUUUGAAAAAUGAUAAAGAAAAAAAUUCCAAAAAUGUAGGAAAGCCAGCGAAUAAUGAACUCAGCACUGAAUUUCAGACGAAUAGUAUUGAGGACCAUAAUACUGAUGAGCAGCUGUCAGAAACUACAGAUGACGAUGAAAACAGCAGUGAAAAUAGUGAAAAUGAAGAUAGAAAAACAAAUGCACCAAUAGAGUUGCUGGGAGAGUUCCUGAAAGCAAUUAUGGAUCAAGACUACAAUCUCUCAAAAAAACUUUGUCAGAUGAUUCUAAUCUAUGAACCAGAAAAUACUGAGGCUAAGCAGUUUCUUCCACUUCUUGAAGAAAAGUUGCUGAUAGAAAGUACACAGAAUUUUGGUGAUGAAGAGGGUGAAGAAACGGAUGAAGGAAGCAGUGAGGACAGUGAAGAGGAUACUAGCAGUUCAGAUAGCAGUGACGAUGAAGGAGAAGAAAGUUCUGAUGAUUCUGAUGAAAACCUAUAGCAGUUUGGUAAUUCUUCUAUACUCCCUAUAGGUUGAUUAUUUUGAUUCUUCUGUACAGUCACUUUUUAAACACCAUAUUAAAAUGUACUGUUUAAUCAUUAUAACUUUUCUCCCUCUUAAACUGCUGCAUUCUUUUGCAUUUAGAUUGCCUCCCCACUCACACAUAGUCCAGCAUACCAGUGGUUCUCAACCAAGGGUACAUGUAGCCCCGGGAGUACGCAGAGGUUUUCUACGGGGUACAUCAACUCAUCUAGAUACUUGCUUAAUUUUACAACAGGCUAUAUAAAAAGCACUGGCGAAGUCAGUGCAAAGUAAAAUUUCAUAAAGACAAAAUGAGAGAGCAAGUAAUUUUGCAGUAAUAGUGUGCUGUGACACUUUUGUAUUUUUAUGUGAUUAUGUUAGCAAAUAGUUUUUUAAGUGAG